CAUUGUCAUACCCUCCCUCUGCUGCUCAGCUUUUUGUAAAUCACGUGAUUUACAAAAAAAUGUGUGAGUGGACCCUGGAGUGGCCUCCCUGUUUCCAGCCCUCCCUCAUUCCUCUUCAGUCUGUUUUUAGGAGCACCCAUCAUAUGAAAAAGAUUUGUCUGUCUGCAGGGACCCAACUCUUCAAGUUCAGUGUUGAGACUCCUAGCCUGGACCAUGGGGAGCUCCUUUACAAUACAUAAUAAGACUCCAUAUGCCCUUCACUACUCCAGUGUGGGUAGAGGGGGUGUCCGUACAGUGCAUGGCCAUAGCAAAGGAAAGUACUUACAUCCAAUACCUCCGUUCAAUUCUGAGGGCCUCCGUUUCAGAUAUGGAGAUCACUCAGAGUGGGACCUCAGGUGUGCAGGUCACAGUGCUCCAUACACCUUAAGAGAAAGCGAUGACGGUGAAAAAAUUGAACUGGUCAAUGGAAGACUGAAUGUCAUUGCUGACUGCUGUGCAAACUUUGGAAGAAUUGAUGACCAGAAACAAGAGCAUGAGAGAUGCCAACAACAGAAGAAACGCAGGAAAAUAGAAGAUGAGACGAGGCAGCAGGCAGCGCUUCACCGGAAGAGGACAAUCCAAGAGCAGAUUGAAAAGGAGAAUAAAAAACUGAGGGAACUGCUUUCUGAAGCACACGACAGGCUUCAGCUGGAGUUAAACCUCAAAGCCCAGAAGCAUUACCACCAGCAGCACUCUCAAGUCCUGCAUGAGCUUGUGGCAGAGGAGCAUGGAAUAGAAAGGGAUGAGGUCACUGAUGUUAAUGACAAGUUUAAAGAACUUUUAUCAAAGUAUGACAUCAGAGAGGAUCAAAAUGUGAAGAUUCCACUGAAAAACAGGAUGAAAACUCUCCAAAAUGAGCUGACAUUACAAUAUUUUAAAGAGCACCACAUCCCCACUUCAUUACAGUGGGCUUUGGAUCAGGCUACUGGAUAUGUGAACCUCUCUCUGACUGAGCGGUUCAAUAUUCUGAAGUCAGUUGUGAAGAUGACCUUAGAUGGUGACUCUGAUAUUAAAUGUUUCCUCAUGACUGGACAAGACAAGAAGACUGAGUUCCUCUUUAAAUUGCAGGAACAGCUACAAGCUGAAAAUCCAACGCUGGCCAGACAGGUGUUAGCAAAUGUUCUGGAUCUGUCCUCAAAGCUGCCCCAAUCAUGUAAGGAGAUCCUCUGUCACAUAGUCUUCAACAGCAUCUGGACACCAAAAGAAAUCAGGCUUUUCAUUAGACAGACCUCGAGAGUGGAUCAGGAAACAGUCGCAAAAAUCCUCCACAAAGCGUGCACCUACAGGCUGAGCUGUGACGACGCUCUCUCUGCAUUGAAAAAGAAAAAUCCUGUAGACUACAUCCAACAUUGUGUGGACAGAGCUGAGCUUGACAAAGAUGCUGACACACUAUUGGCUGAACUGGAAGACAAAAACUAUCCAGAGUGUAUCCUGUCACUCCUGCGAAAAGUCCUGACGUAUAUUGAAGAAGAGCUACCCAAAUAUGUAAGUAAGCCCAUUAAGGCGAAGAAGAUUGAAGAUUGUAAAAAGAUAAUAAAUUCUCUUGAUUUUAACAAUCAUAAGAUUGAUGCUCUGAAGAAAGUCCUGAUCGUCGUGUCCAGAGCUGUAAAGGAAUGCACCACCUUUACCACUAAAAGCAGUGAACAAGUUCAGGGCUACUUCCCAAGACUCAGUCAGCUGGCCUCACUGCUGCUACUCCUGCUGCCACAGACUGGGGAUAAAAAAGGUAGUCUGUUGGAAAUUGGCACCGGAGAGGGCAAAACUUGUAUUUUAGCCAUGUUUGCUACAAUACAGGCCACACGAGGCAUAAAGGUGGACAUUGUGACAAACUCUUCUUUGUUAGCAAGUCGUGAUCAGGAUGAGUGGAGAAAAUUAUAUGAUAUGUUUGGUAUUACAUCAUCCACGGUGCCUCCAACACACAUCGAUAACUGCUCUUUUAAAGAUCAUGACAAGCUGCUUGAGGAUGCAUACAGCCAGCAGGUCGUUUAUGGUACAGUUGGUACCUUUGCAGCAGAUAUACUGAGGCAAGAGUUUGAGAAGAAGACUACUCGAGGUCUGAGGGGGUUUGAAUGUGUGGUAGCAGAUGAGGUGGACUACAUGACACUAGACUGUGGAGUGCAGGUCACAUAUCUGUCAGACCAAGCCCGUAGCCUAAGACACGUGAAGCAAGUCCUGGCAAGUAUCUGGGCCAUGAUGUCUGCCUGCUGGCCAGUAGAAAUGUUUGAAACGGGGGAGAUCAGGUGGGGAACCAGGAUCCAGCACUUCCACAAGGUGUUAAUGCAAGCAGUGGUUGGCUCAGAAUCAGAAGAUUUUUCAGUCGCUGACCUACUGAUGCUUGGUGGACAGAUGGGGUUUUAUUCACAGGAGGAUGUGGAUGAAUUAAAUAAAGCAGAGGGUCAGACACAAACAGAGACCGACAGCUUUAAGGAUGCCAAGUGGACAGCCACAGAGAACAUCAUGGCCAACAUUGGACUGGAAGAACAGUGUAAGCUUCUGAGACAACUUGAGACAAAAAUAGAAAACAAUGUGUCUGUAGAUUGUUACUCACUAAUGGACAACAAAGCCAAACUUUACAGGAAGGACAGCUCUCAUAGAUACCCUGAUGUCAGCCUGCUUCUUCUGGAGAAUGGCUGUGCCUGUGAAAUCAUGUCAGAGGAAUCCCUCAUCCAAGGAGCUGUGGACAAAUUAAAAUCAACAAUUAAAUAUUCUGACGAGUGUUCUGUGAAAUCAUUGGAUGAAUGUAAGGGAUUUAUCAUCGUCCCUUCAUUUUUGAAAACAUACAUUGAGAAUCGGUUACCACUUUUUGCAGAGAAUGCCUUAAAAGCCAUCAGAAUGACUCCGGGGAGAGAGUACAUGAUUGAAAAAGCACCUGAAGCUGACACUGGCAGUUUCAAUGAUGCUGACAGUCAUCAGUAUGAUGCCAUAAUUCCUGUGGACUUUGAGGCCAGUGGGAUGUUGGAGAAAAACAAGCGAUGGGGUGAGGGCCUACAACAGUUUCUGGAGAUGAAGCACCAGCUGGCCAUUUCACAGCUAUCCAAUGUGACAAAUUACAUGUCAAAUUUCCAUUUCUUUAAAAGGUACCUCAGUGGAAAAGGAAUUUUUGGUGUUUCUGGGACAUUGGGAGAUGAAGCUGAGAAAGUAUUUCUAGAACGGCAUUACAAAACAGCAAGCUAUGUCAUUCCAGCUCACCGCCAUAAAAAGCUUGUUGAGUUGCCAGCAGUUCAGGUGAGUGGAGGCAGCACUCAGUGGAUCCAGGUGAUCUGUGAAACUGUACAGAGAGCUGCAGACAGAGGUCAAGUUGUUUUGAUCAUUUGUGAAGAUGUCAACACUGCAGAUGAGCUGAAGACAAAAAUGGAUCUUCCAGAAAGACAAGCCAAUGACAUCACCAUGUACACAAUCAGCGAGAAGCACAAGAUCGAGAAACAAAACUUUAGCCAUGGAAACAUUAUCAUUGCUACAAACCUCGGUGGCCGAGGUACAGACAUUAAUGUUCAGCAGAACGUAAAUGAGUGUGGAGGUCUGUUUGUGCUCCUCACAUACUUUCCUAGAAGUCACCGUGUGGAGCAACAGGUCUUUGGACGCACUGCCCGGAAAGGAAACCCAGGGAUGGUCCAGAUGGUUCUCAACCAGGGCCAUCUUGCACCAGCAUAUCAAGGCCAUUCAAUCGAAACCAUGAGGCUGCUCAGAGAGGAAUAUGAGCUCAGACAUUUAGACAGCAUGGAGAAAUAUAAGUGUGACAUUGAAAUUAAAGAAGCUCUCUUCUCCACAUUUUGUGAAUUUCUGUGUGACUUUGACAAGAAUUACACGGUGGAAGAAAGGAGUGACCUGUCCAAGCUGAAACUGAAGGAUGUUCCUGAAUAUUUUAAGAUCCAUCAGAACAAGUUUGACUAUCAGACUGCACUGAAUGCUUUGAAAGAAUCCUGGGCUUUGUGGCUCAUCCUUCAUGAAGAGCACAUCAGCAGACAUGAUGAUAUCAGCAAGCUGAGAGAAGACCUCACCAAAGACUUGAAGAAGACUGGUGACUUCCUUCUGCAGGGGACCAGCUGUAAUUUCUAUGAUUACAUCAAACAGGCAACAAGCAGAACCGACCUGCACUGCAUGAACAAAACUAAAUGUGACUUUGGAGCAAAGACUUACUGGCAGAAAGCUGCAGAGUGUGAUCAUUUCUACAGUGCUGUGGCGCUUUAUAAUCAAGCUUACAUCACACUCAAUCUCAGAAAAGAAGACUACAUAGCUGAGGCAAAGAAAUUAUUGGAGGAAGCUCAGUCUGCAGUGGAAGUCUAUCUCUCAGAAUCAACAAAUACGAUGAUGUUUUGUAAUUUUUCAGUGAUGAGUGCCUUUGUUCCACACCACACAAACAGCAACCUCCAGAUCCAAAUGCAAGCCAGUAUGAAUAUCUUCAAAUCUUGGAAAGGAUACAUUGAAAGUGCCCUGACAACUCUGAGACAGCUCGACGACAGCGAAGGUGAUGCAGAAGUAGAGGAUUCCAGUGUGUACCAUCUUUCAAAAGAUAAAGAUUUAAUCACCACCAACGAGCUGAUGAUGCUUUGUGAAAAUGGCCUUAGCAUAGUCUUUGAAGUUAAAAAGAAGCCAGAGUUCUGCUAUGAUGCCCUUGCUUGUUUUGUUCUUGGUGCCCUUCAAGUAGCAGCAGGUGUUCUUGUUUGUGCUCUGUCAUGUGGUGGUGCCAGUCAGUUUGGACUUGGACUGACUUGUGAGGGGGUAUCUGACAUGAUUGAAGGGAUCAAGGGAAUGAUACAAGGAGGCUUUGACUGGGCUGAAUGGGCAAUCUCCAAGGCCACCACAAUUGGAUUGUCUCUGAUCUCUGGUGGAUUCAGCCGACUAAAGAAAGCUAGAAGUGCAGUGCGAAGUGGCACAAAAAGUCUGAUCACAGGAGCAAAGAGUACAUCUGUCUGUACAGUUAAACAGUGUUUUCUGAAGGUGGGAAAGUAUGCAGUUCAGGAACUGGGGAAGCAAGGAUGUAUCAGUGAUCUGACUCAUACUGUUGAGAAGGAAACUGAUCCUUUUUUCCAAAAGGUUCUGAAGGACGUCUUUGAGAAAAAGGUGUUUUCACUGAUAAAAGCCAACCGUGAGCUGGAUGAAGUUCUCACAAACUUCAUUUGCUCAGGGAUACCAAAGACUGCCCUGGAGAAUGGGUCCAGUGAAUUCAUAAUUGACAGAGGGUGUGAGGAACAAAUGCUUCAGUCAGUGGAUCUGAUAACAAGAGAAGUCAUUCCUGCCCUGAUGAUGAAUUGUACCAUGGUUCUUAAGGUUCUUAAUAUACUUUCAGAACUGUGUGGUGCUGUAACACAACACACAGGAGGCCUCAAAGGGUUGGAUCUAAUGGAAAAAUCAGCUGAAAAUGUACAAGUUAAUGUACAAACAUUGGAUUCAAUACCUACGGAGAAGGUAAUUAACAAUACUUUUGUUCCUCAGCUGUUGCAAAGCAUGGAAAAACUAUCCCAAGGAAGGAAUGACCAGGAUGGAAGACAUGGUCUAUCAGAUGUGAAACGCUUUAAACAUGAACUCAUCAACAUGAUUGCAGAAAGUGCUUCAAGCUCUUAUGUUGAGGCCUGUUUCAGACAUAUGACCUCCAUCAUGAGCAAAAUGUGCAUGAGUCAAAUAAACCAUGUUGCUGGUGGUGCUGUUAGAAACAUUCUCAGCAGUGUUGACGCCCAAAGUUUCUGUGAAAACCAGCUUUAUAAACAUCAUAUGAAAAAGGCAAUCCAAAGUCCACAUGAUCUGUUGUCACAGUCUGAGAAGAGAGACUUGGAGUGUUACAUAGAGAAAAUUUCUGAUGUUAACCACCCUGCUACAGCUUUGGACAUCCAUGUCCUCACACAAAGUGAUGCUCUGGAGGGCAAAGGCAUCAAACUGGUUAUGGUGGACAACGAUGGGAAGAAGCUUUCAGAAGACUAUUUUCCAGGGAAGGAGGACUCAGCAGGUGAUAUAGUCCUCCAGCUGAAGAAGGAGCCAAAAAAUCCAACACAGACAGAGGGAUCCUUCUCAGAGAUGACUGAGGGGAUCUGGGGUGAACAGAGCCAAUGCAGUGGUCACUUUGAAAUCCUGAGCCCAGAUGGCACUCUGAUCCCUGUAAAUUCAGAGGGUCAGAACUGCCUCUAUCAUGCUGUUGUCCAGGCAACCUGGAAAAACCAAGGUGAUAUGGGAAAUGAGGCAGUUAUCCUCAGGAAUGAAAUCAAACAUACUCUUCAACAAAACUUACCGAGAUACGUGGAAGUUUUGAAGCUGCAGAAAGAAUUUGAAGAAACAUGUACGUCCCCUGGAAGAUAUUACAUCUGUGGAGGACACAACAGAUCCAGAAAAAACAAUGGGGAAAGUUGGAAAAAGAGUUGGGACGAUGAAUUGAUAGACAAAAAAUGGGUCAAUAAAGAUGACAUAGUUAAGAACUACCAUCUUGGUAUGGUCGGAAAAUAUUAUACGCUUAAAGACAAAAUGAAAGGGAUCAAGAUCGAGGGCAAGGGAGACGUGACAGUGGAAGCAGACCAUAUCCCUCCUAAAUGUGUCUUUAUACAUCUAAAUAAUAAUUUCGAAAAAGUGGACAAGUGGUUGAACGAUCACAAAGACAAUGAUCUUACAGACCUAGUUGAUAACACCAUUAAGAAAAUUAUAAACGAUGAAAAUGAGGAAGUAAAUAAUAAUGAAAUGUGUAAAAAUGUCAUUGACAAAUUGAGAAUUGAAUACACUACAGAACAGAACAAAAGCAAAGACAGCAAAACAGAACGAAAAAAAAAAAUAGCCAUUGAACUUUAUAUGAAAAAGAACAGACAUGAAAUGAUGAUCCUGGAAAAAAUGAGGAAGGACAUCAUAUUAAAAGCAAACCCGAAUAAGACGGAGCAGAUUUAUGAUCUGAUUUGUAAACAUGGAAAUAAUGGGGUAUGCAGAAAUGUUCUUCAAUCACAUCACCAACAAGGCCUCACGUAUGGCAACUCUAACUAUUCUAAGGCUGUCAGUAAAAUCCUACAAGAUGCCCUUCUUGCUGGUGAUGAAGUAAAAGUGAUAAAAUGGUCACUGAUGGUGGCAAAUCCAGAGGUCGCAGCAUACAUCCGGCAGAAAAUUGACAGCGACAAUCCAUCACAGAACCACAAAACAUGUAACACUCCUGCCAAAACAGAACAGGAACGCCAACAAGGGGGAGAAGGAACAGGUAAUGACAACAAAACAUGUAACACUCCUGCCAAAACAGAACAGGAACGCCAACAAGGGGGAGAAGGAACAGGUAAUGACAACAAAACAUGUAACACUCCUGCCAAAACAGAACAGGAACGCCAACAAGGGGAGAAGGAACAGGUAAUGACAACAAAACAUGUAACACUCCUGCCAAAACAGAACAGGAACGCCAACAAGGGGGAGAAGGAACAGGUAAUGACAACAAAACAUGUAACACUCCUGCCAAAACAGAACAGGAACGCCAACAAGGGGGAGAAGGAACAGGUAAUGACAACAGAGAAGAACAGGGAUCAAUAAAAAGACAACUGGGGAAUGACAGUUCUGAUUCCAACACAGAGGAUGUAUGUAAAAAAAAAAAAAA